CAACUUCAGAUACCAUCAGCUCUCUGUUGAGAAGCUGCAACACAAAGUGCGUUACCACAGGAUGUGGUUAACCUUACAGUUUCUGUACCCUACCAUAUAAUAGAUUAAAAAAAGAAAGAAUCUAUCCGAAUAACAAAAGGUGCUGGCUACUUCCUGGGGCUGUAUGACACAGAAACGUGAUUAUUCAUCACGUUUAAAACUCAUGUUAGAAAUGGUGCUAGAAGCUUACGUGACUGAACUCGAGCUUGACAUUCAGUUUCCAUUUCUCAUAAGGUUUUCUCGGUGGUGUCAGAGAAAGGAAGAAAACCUACGUGCGUGUUCAAACCAGCACAUUUUAACCUGUAACUGUAGGCUAAGCUGUUACAUGAGUUCAGCAUGGAUCCUCUUUAGAUCACUUUCAGUUAAAAGUUAAAUCCUUUCUGAUGUGACAAACCAGCCAACCACACACACACAACCCAUGCUAUUUCCUGGAUACCAGCAGGUGCAGCAACUCAAGUCUUCUCUGACGAUCCAUGCUGUGAUUCUGUUUCACACUCACCGAGGGAAGGAACUGUACUAACUGCCGCCCAGAAGACAAUGAAUUACACAUGCCAAACUAUCAGCUUUGACUUCUCAGGCAAAUUUCUGCCUCCGGUUUACAUCUUAGUCUUCAUCAUUGGUCUGGUAGCUAAUGGAUGGGGAUUGAAGUCUUUGCUGCACAACUGGAAGAAACUGGGUAACAUCAAUGUUUUUGUUCUCAACCUCGGAAUUGCUGAUAUUUUGUAUCUGCUCACGGUACCAUUUUUGGUGGUGUACUAUGUUUUGAAGAGUAAAUGGAUCUUUGGAGAUGCGUUCUGCAAGAUAACAAGAUUCUGCUUCAACCUGAAUCUAUAUGGCAGCAUUGGGUUCCUUACGUGUAUUAGUGUGUACCGGUACCUCGCCAUUGUCCAUCCGAUGAGAGUGAUGGGAAGAAUAACUGUCAGUCACUCUGUGGGGAUCUCAGUCUUGGUUUGGCUGUUUGUGAGCGUUCAAAGCCUUCCAGACAUGUUCUACACUAAAACAUUUGGAAACAAACCUGGGAAAUGUUAUGAAACCACCGGUGUGACUUAUGUUGAGGAUUACCUGAAAUACAGCGUUGGAUGGUCACUCACUGGCUUUUUCAUCCCAUUCCUCAUCACUCUGGGCUGCUAUGGACAUGUGAUUGUCGUUCUCUGUCGCACAAACAACACUGACAAGGUACUGAAACAGAGAUGCUCGAAGUUGUUGUUCAUAUUGAUUCUUCUCUUCUCUGUUUGUUACAUCCCCUAUCAUGUAUUGAAGAACCUCAACCUCUGGUCGAGAGUUCUGUCCAAACAGAGAAUAUGCCGUAAAUGGUCUGAUGCAGUGUACAUCGCUCAUCAGAUAAGUCGGGGCCUUGUGUGUCUGAACAGUGCUCUCAACCCUCUGGUUUACCUCCAUGGAAAUGAAGAUAUUCCUGCUCAGCUCAGACGUCUACUCCAGCCAGCUCGUCGGAUGUUCAGCCGUUUGUUUCUGUCAAACUCCGAAUCUGUGCCUGUACCACAAACUGCAGAUGAGGUUUUACCGUAGUUAUCAUUUUUAAACAUUUACUGUUAAAUAACAAAUAGCUCAAACGGCACGCAGCUUUCCAUCACAACUGGUGGUUUGAAUUGACUACAAUGUGAAUAAAGUUGUCAGUCAUUUUCUUAUUGAAUUGCUUUAUUUGCCUGAAAAAUGCUUUUGCUGGACUGUUACAUUUCUUAUCUUUAUGUUUAUCAUGAUGCGGUUACAAAAUGCUAACAAAUGUUUAAAAUGAAGAUAAACAGCUUUUGUAUGUAUCAUUGCUUUCUUUCAGUACAUGUUUGAGGAGUGAUAAGGAUCAUAUAAUGUAUUAAAUGUCUAUAAUUCAUCGGUUCAGAUUGCAUAUCUGAUGAAGACUUUCCAUCACCAAGUGUGAAAUUGCAUUGCGUCAUCUUUCACUAUUAAAUCAAAUCAAAUUUAUUUGUAAAGCCCAAUAUCACAAAUUAUAUAUUUGUCUCAGUGUGCUUUACAGACUGUACAGGUUACGACAUCCUCUGUCCUUAGACCCUCGCAUCGCACAAGGAAAAACUUCCUAAAAGAAACCCCAAAAUUAAAGGGGGAAAAAACAUGUAGUGUACUGGCUCAACGUCUAUGUGGUUGUCUCGUUGCUGUUAACGCCCUUAAAAAAGCUCAGAUUAAAAAAAGAAAUUUAGUGCUAAGUGUGAUGCAUGCCCUCUGAAGUAAAACAGGAAGUUUGUAAAAAUAAACAUGAUGCAAAUUG